AUGCAAACCUACCGCAUCAACAACAAGCUCCCUCAAGCUUACAGAAUCAUCAAACUCGCUCAGCCUACUCAAGCCAGAACAAUGUUUUCGUUCCCACGCUUCCCUUCUGGCGAAUUCGCCCCUCUCUUCCGUCUUCUUGACGACUACGCCUCUCACCAAAUCUCUCGUCAGGGCGACGACCUCGGCAACUUUAGCGGUGUCUCUCAACUUCGCUCCUUCCAACCUCGUUUCGAUGUAAAGGAGGUCAAGGACGGUUACGAGCUCCACGGCGAGCUUCCUGGUGUCGACCAGAAGGACAUCCAGAUCGAAUUCACUGACCCUCAGACGUUGAGCAUCAAGGGUCGCACUGAGCGCCACCACGAAUCUGGCACUCCUCCCGCCGCUCUUGAAGGCCAGCAGGAGAAGGGCCGCAUCACAUCCGGCGACGAACCCUCCGAUGCUUCCAGCCAACACUACCACAAGCCCACCGUCGAGGAUGAGACCGCCAUGUCAGGUGCUCAACCUUCCGAUCAGCAGGUCACUACUACCAACAACCAAAGCCAGGAAGUCCAACAACAGACCGAUCGUCCUCAGUCUCGUUACUGGGUCUCUGAACGCUCUGUUGGCGAGUUCUCUAGAUCAUUCGCCUUCCCUUCUCGCGUCGACCAGGAUAAUGUCCGCGCUAGCCUCAAGAACGGUAUCCUGAGCAUCGUCGUUCCCAAGGCUUCUGCGCCCGCUACUCGCAAGAUCAACAUCGAGUAG